AUGACCGAAGAGAAUUCUUUGAGCGAGAAAUCAGGAGAUGCUGAACACGAGGCCAAAGAUGAGAGUGCGGCUGUCACAGGCACUGAGCCCGUCCAGUCUACUGAGUGGAAGCCCAGUCGAAGCGAAUGGCUCAUCUUUCUCAACCUGGCCAUCAUUUCCCUCAUAGUAUCACUGGAUAGUUCAAUUCUAGGACCUGUUCUUCCUGCCAUAGCUCGAAGCCUUCACGGUAAUGCAAACGAAACCUUCUGGGCUGGAACAUCCUACCUCGUAACAUGCGCCAUCUUCCAACCAUUCAUCGUAUCACUGUCCGAUGCUUUCGGCCGCCGUCAACUGCUCUUCUCCUCGCUCUUGCUUUUCACGAUCGGAACAGUAUUAUGCUGUCUGGCGGAGAACUUUCGCACUUUGCUUGCGGGCCGCUCAAUACAGGGUGUCGGGGGCGGUGGGGCGUUAUCUUUAGUCCUUGUCAUAAUGACCGACAUAGUACCACUCCGACAACGACCCAAGUACUACAGCCUCAUACAGCUUGCGUGGGCAGUAGGCUUGCUCAGUGGUCCCAUCGCAGGCGGUGGGUUUGCUGAGCAUACCACGUGGAGAUGGAUCUUCUAUAUCAACUUUCCUUUUUGUGGAAUCGGGCUCGCUAUGGUCCCAUUUGUGGUGAGACUGCGAGCGCAACGUGCAAGCCUCCAGGACCGGCUUAUGAAAACUGAUUGGUUGGGAGCUUUUCUGUUCAUAUCAAGCACAUGUAGCUUUCUCAUCGGCAUUACAUGGGGCGGCACACAAUACCCUUGGAACAGUUGGCGAACGAUUGUGCCGAUAGUCCUGGGAGUUGCAGGUAUUGUAGCGACCUUAUGCUGGGAGCGCCAUGGGGCUCCGCAGCCUUUCCUUAGACUCUGGCUGUUCAAAGACCACGCUGCAACAGCGGCGUAUGCAUGUUCCGUGCUGCAGGGUCUGUUGAUGUUCGCCCACCUCUACUACCUUCCUAUGUAUCUUCAGUCAGCACAGGCCUACGGGCCUAUGUUAUCCGGAGUCGGACUCGUCCCCAUCAUCGGCGGCCUCAUACCUACAUCAGUCAUCGUUGGUGGGGUUAUGACGCGAUUGGGUCGCUAUAGAUGGGCGAUCUGGUCUGGUUGGGCCACCAUCAUCGUCUCGACCGGGCUGCUCAUCAUCCUCUCGAGUUCUACACCCACAUAUGGCUGGAUCCUGCUCUUCCUCACAAUCGGACCUAGCCAUGGUCUCGUUUUAACAUCUCUUAACUUCGCGCUGCAGGCGCUCGCCACAGAACGCGACGGCGCGUAUGCCGCUGCUAUGUAUACGUUCAUGAGGACAUUCGGGAUGUGUCUUGGUGUAGCCUUUGGCGGUACCGUGUUCCAAAACAGAAUGCUUGUGCACCUCGCUGCAAAAGGCCUGGACCAGCGCGUCGCUAAAGACGCAGAGGCGUUCAUCCUGGUUCUGAACUCGAUGCCAGACAGUGCAGAAACGGCAUCCUAUCGCGUCGCGUAUGCUGAAGCAUUCCGGAACCUUUUCGAGGUGCUCUUGGGGGUGGCGGUGUUAGCUGGGGUUGCAAGCGCGUUCGUCAAGCACGCGAGUAUGGAUAGGGUUUUGGAUUCCGAGCAUGUAUUCAAGGAGCAGGAGGAGAAGUCUAAGGCAUGA